AUGUUAGAAGAAAAUGCUUCUAUGCGUCUGCAAAAAGCCCAACAACCACAAGUAACCUCAUCCCCAAUCACAUACGUUGCCACCGUCAGUAUCACCACUCCUCUUCCUUCACAAUUCACUCCAAGCGAAAACAUGGCGCACACUCUAACCAACACAUUCCUGCAAAUUAAACCAUUGUCUCCUCCGCUUGUACCCAUCAAGAAGGUAAAGGCGAGUGCAGUGAGGAAUUUUAACCUGCAGGUGACGUGCAGGAAAAAAGACAUUCACCCGGAAUUUCAUGAGGACGCUAAAGUGUAUUGCAAUGGAGAAUUGGUGAUGACCACAGGUGGGACUCAGAAGGAGUACGUAGUUGAUGUUUGGUCCGGUAACCAUCCGUUUUACCUCGGUAACCGCUCGGCUGUCCUUGUCGACGCCGACCAGGUCGAGAAGUUUCGCAAAAAAUUCGGUGAAUUGUCUCAGAUUAUGGAAAUUCCUGUUCUUAAAGGCGAAAUUAUUUUGCCUUCUAGGAAAAAGUCUGCCAAAGGGAAAAAGAAGUAAACAAGAAAGAGGGUUUGUGUUUUAUUUUGGUAAUCGUGUAAUUGCCUGUUAGUUCUUUGAUGGAAUGCAUAUUAUUUGGGUAUGUUAAUUUGGCUAGCAUAUUCUCUUUAAGUUAUUUGCUAUGUUUUCUUGUGA